CACGCAGACGGGACAAGCAAAGCAGAGCAGGGGGAGGCAGCAGAGCAGCGAGAUCUCGUUCGCCUACUCCUCCAGUCUCGUCUCCGAUCCGGCCAACCAUGGCGGAGGAUGCUACGAGCAGCCACCCGUCACGCUACGUCAAGCUCACCAAGGACCAGGACGCCCCCACCGAGGACAUCCGCCCCGGCGAGCUCAACCAGCCAGUCCACGUCCCGCAGCUCGAAGGCCGGAGGUGCAGCGAGUGCGGCCAGGUCCUGCCCGAGAGCUACGAGCCGCCCGCCGACGAGCCCUGGACCACCGGGAUCUUCGGAUGCACCGAUGACCCUGAGACCUGCCGAACUGGGUUGUUUUGCCCUUGCGUGCUGUUUGGGCGCAACGUCGAGGCUCUUAGGGAGGACAUCCCUUGGACAACUCCUUGCGUGUGCCAUGCUGUGUUUGUUGAAGGAGGGAUCACACUGGCGAUUCUGACAGCAAUAUUUCAUGGUGUUGAUCCAAGGAGUUCAUUCCUGAUUGGAGAAGGUCUGGUGUUCAGUUGGUGGUUAUGUGCUACCUAUACUGGCAUCUUCCGCCAGGAACUUCAGAGGAAAUAUCAUCUCAAGAACUCACCGUGUGACCCAUGCAUGGUCCACUGCUGCUUGCACUGGUGUGCCAACUGCCAGGAGCAUCGCGAGAGGAGGGGACGGCUGGCAGAGAACAAUGCCGUGCCCAUGACUGUUGUGAACCCACCUCCAAUUCAAGAGAUGAGCAUGUCAGAGAACCGUGGUCCUGCUGCCCUGGAGAACGGAGCAGGCAACGCUGAGCGUGAAGCAGAGAAGAGUGAGCACGAUGAUGUCGAGGUCAUUCCUCUAUAGGCUUCUUCUAGGAUCGGAGCAAUAUAGACUAUGGAACCGUUCCAUCCGAAUGAGCGUGUGGUUAUUUUCAUGUCCGACGACCGAACGAAUGCAGAUGACGAUCGAUAUAUGAUAACUCCUAGCACAGAUCUUCUGAUCUAGUUGUUGAUUGUUCAACCCCAAGAAGAAAAGAUUGGUAACAAUUUUACCCUUCCUGUAGCAAUUUUACCAGAUCAACCGUCUGCCGUAUGGUUUCUGCAGCCGUUUUUGUCAUUGUCUCGACAAGAGGUUGAUGGUGUGUCAACUGUCAAUUGUAAUAAUCCUGGUAAUAUGUAAUUCUGUAAUAGUGCGAUUCGGCGUGCUGCCGCCCGAGAUAUUUCGCUCGGCAAAA